UUGAUAGAAACAGUCGUGUGGCAACCAUAAUCAGGAACGCAAAGCAGCCCUGGACUAUCGAGAGCACCUGCAAUAAUUUAUCGGCCUGAUUUCUAAGUUUUCACGACAACCACCCUUCGUUGUUGCGCCCGUUCUUAACAUUUAACAAAUAAUUAUUAAGUAUAAGUGUAAAAUAUCUAUUAAAUGGCCGAAAAUACGCUCACUGAAGGCGACAAACCGCCUUUGGAGGCGACGAUGAAAAAAGAAUCUCAGGACGAUGCAGCCGCCAAGCCGCUGAAAAUGUCUUUUGCAGAUUGGAAAAAGUGCAAGGAGGCUGAAGCCAACAAUGAGACGGAAUGCGAGGCAGCAGCAACAACAACAACAGGACGCAAUGGACGACAACAGAAUCAAAACAAAUAUGACAAGCAACACAGCUUUAAUGGCAACGGCAAUCGCAAUAACAACAAUAACAAUCAUCAUCAUAACAUCAACAAUAAUAAUAACAAUGGAUUCUCACCCAUGAAUCGGCCGCCUCCGCUGCCUUUUCCCCUUAUGUCCAUGGGAUUCAGCAACUUUGGACCCGGUCCCGGACCCUGUGGACCGCCCCCAAUGAUGCCACCUCAACACGGCAACAUGAUGGGUCCUGGUCCAGGCCCGCGCAAGAAUCAAAGGGCGUUGCAAGCGCCGCCUUUUUGGCAGGACAUGAUGUCGCCACAGCAUCGCUCACCGCCCAUUCAACCGCCCAUGCCCAAGUGUCCCAGUUUGUGGAAUCUCGUGCCCAAGGACAAGGGCAACAACAACAACGCUCAGCGACAGGGGAACAACAACAAGAACAAGCAACAGAAUCAACCAAACAAAAAAUAUAAAACCAACAACACCCCAAACAGCACUUCAAAGGAUGCAGCACUGAUGCCGCCGCCUCCAGUACCAGGAACAACAGCAGGAAACAGCAAUAGCAACAGCACCACGAGCAACCAAAAUACAGCAUCGCCCACUAAAGCAGUGGUGAAGAAGAAAAAGAAUGGGGGAACAUUUGUACAAAUCGAUGGAAAGUGGAUACAACGACCCGAGGCGCCGCCACCACUCGAAGAGGCACCUCCCGGCACCAAGGAGGAUCGACAGCGCCAGUGGCGCGAGUAUCGACAGGCGAUGAAACCGUUCAAGAAUCGUGAAUUUCACAAUUGGAAACGCACCGUGCAACGGUUGAGCAAAUUGCCGCGCAAUGAACUCGAUGAACGGCAGCUGGAACGUUUGCAAAAGGCCGAGGACUACAUUGGUGCCCACAAGGCGAUGUUGACUGUGAAGCAUGCCGAGCACUGGGUGCAGCAGAAUACACAUAAAACCGAUGCCACUGGUGGACAGGUUUAUGUGCGCAAACAGGCGGUGACCAGCUGGGAGCGCAAGGAUAACCCGAAUACAUUUCACCGCGGAAUGUUGCCGAUGCGCAACAAACAGCAAACCUUUGGAACAGGACGUGCUAUCAAAGGUGGCAUUGGUGGGGAGCUGACAACAACGACAUCAGGAACAACUGGUCAGCCAGCUGGCGUCAUUGGUGCGCCGCCACCGCCACCACCAAUUGGACAGUUUCCCGAUAUAACUGCUGGUUACUUUAGCCAAUCUCAGGGGUACAACAGCAAUGUGUACGGUGGCCAGGAUGUCGCCAUCACUGCCGCAGGCUCCGGAAGCAGUAGUGGCAACAACGGCAGUAGUAAUCCAUUUUAUGCUAGCUACAACACCAAUUUCGUUAAGGGUGGCACUUUGCUGCCACCCUAGAACGUGGCUUGGAGUGAACGUUAUACUUAGUUUGUAAGAUGGACGUCGUUUCAUCACUUUUUAGCCUGAUAUCUACAAUACAUGUAACAUAAUAAAUGUAAUAACUUAUUCCAAGAUGUAA